AUGGUCCACCCGAUAGAAGCUGAGCGGGAGAGGGAGCGAGAAUCUUCCCGGAACAUUCAGCGGUUUCAGGCCAACCAGUUACACAACCUUCGUGCAACACGCCAGGCAAAUCCAGUGGCUCAAGCAACAUCGGGAUCUGAUUCGGUGUCGCAUGUGAAGACAGAGACCGGGCGUGAGACAUUGCACCCAGUAUCCAGUGUGCCUAUCCAGUCUGGUCAGGCGCCCAUCCAGUCUGCGACGCCGCGUGCCGACGAGCUUCUAGCAGCCCAACUUCAGGCGACGAUCAACAGCGUUCUCAAGGCGAGAGCAACCACGGGAGCCAAGGCGCGCGCUGUUCAAGCUGCGCUGGCGAAGGACAAGCAGGAUGCUCCCGCGAAGGACGCGAAGAAGGUGCCCGUGAAGCAGGAGCCUGCCAAGAAUGCGAAGGACACCAGGUCAGGACCGCGCAAGCGUCCAUCCGGUGGGCGAAGUCGCGGAAGUGGUGACCCCUCCGGAUCCGACCCGGACUCGAGCUCUGAUGACGGCUACGACGAAGGCUACAGCUUAAGCGACUCCGACGACUCGCUCGCGAACGUGCUCACGCACUCCACGUCGGUGACGACGAAGGACGGCAAGACGGUGAUGAACUUCCGGCUGUACGAGAACUCAAACUCACUCGAAGACUUCGACGACAAGGCGUCGUACCAUGAGCGGACACGAUGGUGGGAGCGAUUCCUCACCUUGACCGUUCAGGGUGGUUGGACGGACAGCAUGAAGGUGUACGAGUUACGCCUGAAGCUUCCUACAUCCGCUCGCCACUGGCGUGCACAAUUGCCGAGGCAUGUACGAGACGACUGGACCCAGCUAUCCCAUGCGUUCAAGCGCAAGUACUUCCGGUCUAGGAUGUCCGACUCGGAGAGGUACUACACGAUCGAGCAAGGACGGACUGAAUCGGCGCUUGACUUCUUCUACCGACUGAAUGCGGUCGCCUGCAAGGCGAAUGUGGAGUUCAAGAAGUCAUCUAGGACGCGUGAGAUGCACAUCAAGCGUUUUAUCCGGAAGCUGACCGAGUCGAAGCUUCGAUCCAGUCUGAAGAGCCAGCGUCUGCACAGCAUCAACGACCUGGAGUUCAUUCUGCGUCAAUACGAAGACGAUCACCAGGACAGCGGACGUGAGAACUCGGCAUCCAGACCACGCGACUUCCGCGCGGGCAACGUGCAUCGAGACCGCGAACGCGAGCGAUUCAGACCGAAGGGUCCUGGCCGCGCUUACGUCGUUCAGAGCGAGGAUGAAUCAGGCGAAGAGGAUCGUCAUGUGCGUUUCCAAGACGAGGUGGAUGAACACCGAGUCGAGGUCGCACCAAAGCACGACUCGGUCCCUCCUGCCUCGACACGAUCAGCGGAUCCCGACCUGGUACCGCCAGUACUGGAUGAAGGUGUACUGCGUGACGCAGUGUUCAGGGUGAUGACGGGCUCAGGAAGGAGACCGCCGCCACCUGGCCAACAGUCAGGGGCGUCUCGAUUCGGUCAGCCCUCCGCGCCGCAGUCGCCGAGAAGAAGCAAUCCUGAUUGGAAUGAAUUCUGUGAGCAGUGCGAGAGGCCUGGACACCGACAGGAGAAUUGCUGGAUAGACAUCGUGUGUGAUCGCUGUCACCGACGCGGACACCCGAUGCGCGUGUGCAAGGUCAACCCGUGCAGGAUUUGUGAACGAUUUCAUGAAGGGCCGUGUGAACUUAUGAAGACCAUCGAAGCACUGAAGAAGCUGGCACAAGAUGGAGCACUGAAGGACAUACCGCAGAACCUACUGGAUCAGCUAUUGGAUGACGAGGCGAAUUCAGGGGGGGCCGUUAAACCACUAAGCCCGCUGGGUGGGGACCCAGUACGCGCCGGGCUGAAGGCCCCUGAAUUGUGUGUGUUAGCCUACGUCGGACCAGAGCUGAGGAUCAGCCACCAAGAUAACCAACAAUGCAUGAUUUCUCUGAGCAACGAUGACCCGAUUCAGUCUGACCAAAUUGAUGAUCGUUCUGGAUUGAGCCGUUCCGAAUUGCGAGCACCGGAUGGACCGACUGAAUUUCGGCUGGAACCGGGUGAGCGGUAUGGAUGGUGGGUUGAUCAUGAGCCAGACAAGAAUUCGCAUGAGUUGACUACGGUACAUGGCGCAGUGAACGACUUCCGCUUGCGGAUUUUGUUGUAA